GACACGAUCCUUUUUUCGUAUUAUCCAGGUUUCUUAACCCUGGCAAGCUCUGAAUAGAAAUCAGCACCCAGGCCCUUCUCCGAAGAAAUCCAGCACCUCAGUGGCUCCUUCGCGCGCGGAACGCCCCGUCCGACCAACUCCAUCGCAACUCUGUUUACUCCAGUCAUCCACCCCGCUCCGACAGCCUCAGCCUAUCUAUACAACCACCACCACACGCAACCUCCAACCCUCCACCCCCAACCACCACCCCAGAAUCCACAAUGACCAACCCAAGCACAACCUCCCAAUCAAACCCGAACCCCCGAACCCUAACAAGAUGGUACAUCGACACCCGCGCACUAACCGCAACGAACACAGCCGCCAGCCCAACCACCCCCAACCUCCCGCUAAUCACCACCCUGCAACCGGAAGACCAAACCUCCAUCCGCCGCUUCCACCACCUCAAAGACAAGCACAUGUCGCUAGCCUCCAACCUCCUCAAGUACCUCUUCAUCCACCGCAGCUGCCGCAUCCCCUGGGACCGGAUCACGCUCUCGCGCACGCCGGCCCCGCACCGCCGCCCGUGCUUCAUCCCCAGCGCCGCCCUCCUCACCACCUCCCGCACGAUCCCGACCAUCGAAUUCAACGUCAGCCACCAGGCCUCCCUCGUCGCGUUGGCGGGGACCACCUGCCCGGAGCCCGCCGACGGCGACGGCGACGGCGAGGUCCCGCAGGUCGGGAUCGACAUCACCUGCACGAACGAGCGGCAGCCUUCCCUUUCCACCGGUAAAAGUAAAGACAAUGCCAACCCCCGCGACACGUUCACCAGCUACGUCGAUAUCUUCACCGAGGUGUUCUCGCCCGAGGAGAUCCGGCUGAUCAAGACGCUCCGCCCUCCGCAGUCAAAUGGCACAGCCCACAACACCAACACAGCCCAGGACACCCUAAGCGAGAGCAUCGAGUACAGCUACCGCGUCUUCUACGCGUACUGGGCCCUAAAGGAGGCCUACAUCAAGAUGACGGGCGAGGCGCUACUGGCGCCCUGGCUACGGGAGUUGGAGUUUGGGGCCGUCGUCGCGCCGGAGCCGGUACACCCGGAAACAAAAGUGGGGGAGCCGUAUACUGGGGUGCGGACGACAUUACACAAGAAGCCGGUGGAGGAUGUGCGGGUGGAGGUUGUGGCGUUUGAGAAGGAUUAUUUGAUUGCUACCGCGGCGAGGGGGGCUGGGAUUGGGGCGCGCAGUCAUGGUGCGGAAGCUGGGCAGCAAGAUACCUGGGCGGCGUUGCGGGAGAUUGAUAUCGAACGGGAUGUCAGGCCGUGUGCUGAGGGGAGAUGUCGGUGUUUGGAGUAGUUGCGGAUGUCCACGAUUUUGACCUUAUGGUGGUAGCUGAGUGGAGUGAAGGCUGGCUUCUUUCAACCACCCCAGAGCAAAGCUGUGCGCAAUGGUCACAGUACAAUCUCAGGACCAGACACCUCGAAUCCCAAGUAGCAAUAGUGAUUGUAUAUACACUCUAGAAGGAAAUUGGUCUCAGUCUAUGAAUACAAAGCUUCUUGAAUACCACUCGGUAUCUAGGGAUCUUCUAUCCCCCCCCUUGGGCGAGCAGUAUCCUCGUCCUCUGUCUCCGCCAGCCAAUCCUCCAGUC